UGCCAACAACAUCAAGGAAUAAUGUGCUAAAAAAACUCACGCCGAACUUGGUUACUGCUGUCUCCCUGGUUUUCAUAAGAUCUAGCCUCGGUCUAACGUUUGCCCGCAGCCACAAAACAAAGACCGUUUAACGAAACGGCGAUCUUAAAGACGCAGAAAGGCCGAAUUCAUACUUAAAAGCUUAAGGAGAUCUCUAGCCAAAAUGUUCUGGAAGAUGUUCUUCCUAGCGUUUAUGAUUGGUCAUAGUAACCAGUGCUUCAGAGACUAUGCAGAAAUGAAACUUCUAGGGAUAAAAGACACAUGUCAGCGAAUUGUGAACGGAACUGGUCGGCGUUGGUUAAAAAUUAGAUGCCAUCAUUACAUUCGAAGGUAUUGUACAGUGUGGUGCAGGGACUUCGCUCAUUGUCUCGGCCAAUCUUUUCAAUGGCAGCAAGAAUGCGCUCGUAGGUUUGACAAACUCUACCGUUGGGGACAACGGACAAAUAUCAAGACGAAUGCUGAAAGAGAUGGCGCAUCGUAUAACAUUGACAUGAGACUUUGUUGGUGGAAUUUCGUCUACACAAUUUUCUCCAUUAAGAUAACGUUAAUUAAUAGCGCAGUGCAAGGAAAUGGCGAGCAGCAAAAAGGGGAUGACUUACGCAAAGAGGAUUUGCUCAAUUCUUUGAGGUCCAUUACUGAGCAUUUUACUGAAGAGAUACGCAACAAAAGUGAAAAUAAGUUGGAAAAGAUAGAGGAAAUGUUUCUCGAAUUGACUUCUUUGGAGACAUCUGUGUUGGAAAAAGCACAGCUUAACCUCAAUCACACAACACAUGAAUUUAAUAUGAGCAGCGUACACGUUGAUGUUCUGGUAAGGAAAAUUGUCCAUCAAAAUGAAAGCCACCACUUUCAUCUGGAGGAACCCAAAGGAGAAAAUUUCCUGAGCAUUCCACCGAGGAACUUAUACAAUGGUUUGAACAUUUAUUUCAACAUUCCGUGUUUUCUCAUUGACUAUUUUUUUUCUUAAUUUGAUGCAACGUUAUAUUCCAGAACUCAUUAAAUUGUUUCAAUUUUUAUCUUUUUCCAAGGUUCAGUGGUACUUGGAAUGAUUUACAGAGAUCUCCACCAAUUAUUUAUUACUAACCAGACAGAGAACAGUAACAAU